AUCGCUCGCGGACUACGGUUUGCCACUACCGGACGUCGCACUGUUGGAAGAAGACCCGGACGACGACAUGUUCGGUGCAAUAGACGCGACGGUACGCUGGGCCGAACAACUGGAUAACUUGAACGACGAACAACGUGCAGUGUUCGAUCGUGUGAUGGCGGCUGUAGACGACAACAGAAACGUCGCCAAACUCUUCUACGUCGACGGCCCCGGAGGAACAGGUAAAACGACACUAUACGGAUGCCUCAUAUGGUCACUUCGCAACCAAGGGCGAUCCGUGUUGUCUGUGGCUUUUACAGGAAUCGCUGCGUCGCUCAUGGACGGCGGCAUGACGGUGCACUCGACGUUCGGAUUGCCGUUCGGUACGCUGACAGACGAUUCGACGUCGACCAUCACCAUGCAGUCGUUACGUGGUCAGAGGAUACGUGACGCGGCACUAAUCGUCUGGGACGAAGCGCCCAUGUCUCCGGGACUACAACUCACGGUAGUCAAUAGGUUAUUGAAGGACAUCAUGGGAUCGGAAUUGCCGUUCGGCGGUAAACCGGUACUGUUCGCCGGUGAUUUCAGACAAAUACUGCCUGUCGUGCGCAGGGGGGUGAGGAGUGACAUCGUCAGGUCGUCGAUCAAAUACAACUGUUUGUGGCGUGACUUGGAACAGUUCAGUCUGACGCGGAACAUGCGCGCCGACAACGACGUGGACUUUGCGACUUGGUUGCUUCAGCUCGGGAACGGCCAAUUGCCAGAGGUCGAUGGUGUUCGGGACACCAUAGAAAUCCCCCGGGAAAUGGUGUGCGACGUCGCUAAUUUGAUUGAUUUUGUUUUUCCGCAACAAAUGUCGUUGGCCAACAUCGACGAAUUUGCUCGCAAAAUAAUUUUAUGUCCCAGGAAUGACGAAUGCAGGCAGGUCAACCGUACGGUGUUACAGCGCAUUGACGGAGCUCACCAGAGUUAUACGGCCAUAGACACUGUGGUGGUCGACGACCCCGACGAAGUGGCUAAUUAUCCUACAGAGUUCCUGAACACUCUGGAACCGGACGGACUGCCGCCGUACAACUUGACGCUUAAGGUAGGUUCGAUUGUGAUGUUGCUUAGGAAUCUAGAUUCGAAGAGACGUCUCUGCAACGGAACGAGAUUGGUUGUCACUGAACUGCGACGAUUCAACUUCAAGGCGAGGAUGUUGUCUGGUGGUGCACAGGAUGAUAUAAUCAUACCUGCGAUACCACUCACGUCCAGUGGCGAAGAUGACCUGCCCAUCAUAAUGCGGCGAGUGCAGUUCCCCGUACGUUUGUCGUUUGCGAUGACCAUCAAUAAGUCACAGGGUCAAACGUUCGAUAGAGUUGGAUUGCUUCUGCCUUCACCGGUGUUCACACACGGACAACUGUACGUAGCCUUUUCAAGAGUGAGGAACUCUCAAUCCAUUAGAAUUGGUAUGUUUGGUGACGAUCGUGGAAGAUUUGUCACUAAGAACAUUGUGUACAGAGAAGUCCUACAAGCAGUACAAUGA